CGUAGAUAUAAUUGUCAGUGGGAAGCUAAUCUUAUCGACAAAAAAUUUAAAAAUAAACAUAAGUAGACAAAAUUUCUGUAUGGUCUGAUUUAAAAUUUUAACAUCCAGCUUCUCAGUAUCAGUUUUUAAGCACUCAGGAGUCCAUCAGGUAUAUAAAAUUGGAUAAGCUAAUGCCGUUGUCGCAGUAAGAUAGGUCGCGUAGGCUAGUGUUUCUAACCGCUAGCAAUAUAUCACUUUAGCAACAUUGAAUACAUAACAAGUGAAAGACUGUGUUUUGUCUUGCGACUCUCGACCCUCCCACAAGCGUUCAAUUCAUUUGUGUGUCAAACGCCGCACAGGUUCCACUGUACCUACUGACAGAACUGCUUUAGCUCGUUGAGGCUAAGCUAAUAAAUUAGCUAAGCUAAGCGGAUAACGUCGUGAGUGGUGUAUUAAUGGUGUGGUACCUAAUCACUCCAAUCAUGUGUCACAACACAAUGGUUCUAAAGCUGUACUACUUGGAGGAUGGCCCACCCUCCCUCUCAUGCAGGCAAACCCUGGAGGCGCUGGGGGUACCCUUCGAGCUCGUCAACGUUAGCUUUUACAACGGCGAGCACAUGACUGAGGAAUUUGCAAAGAAAAACCCACAAAAGGAACUACCAGUGUUGGAAGAUGAUGGGUUCUUCCUAAACGAGAGUGUCGCUAUGAUGCAGUACAUCUGCGACAAAUUUAAACCCAACAACUCGUUGUACCCGACUGAUCCAAAAGCAAGGGCCAUUAUCAACCAACGUUUGAUGUUCACCUCGAGCACAUACUACGCUGAGCUGUUAAACUAUUUUAUUAUGCCGAUCUAUUUUAAAUACGAACGCACUCCCGAAGGCUUGAAGCGUGUGCACCGUGCCUUAGACUUGUUCGAGACGUACCUGGAGCGCGAGGGUACCAGCUACGCAGCUGCCAACCACCUCACCAUUGCUGACUUCCCUCUCAUCAACGCCACUAUGGCUAUGGAAGUUACUGAUUUCGACUUUUCCAAGUACAAAAGGAUAACAAAAUGGUACAAUGACUUCAAGAAGAAUCAGCCCAAAUUAUGGAGUAUCACCGCUGAGGGUAUGAGCUUGAUGAGGAAAUGUGUAGAAAAUCCACCAGACCUAUCACACUUAAACCACCCCUUACACCCUGCGAGAAAAGCUGAAUAGAGAACUGAAUGGAACUAUUUUCUUAAAUACUUUUGUGAUUUUCUAAGAGAUGGCGCUCAUUUCAACUACAUACAUAUUGUAAGAUUGAAGUGCAUUUUUAUGUAAAAUCUUGGAUUUUUUUUAUAUAUCGCAAAUUUUUCUUGCCUUAUAUAUAUAAUUAAUAUAAAAAUUGCUAAGUUAUAACUGUCUUGUGUAUUAAUAACACCUGUAAAACAAAAUUGUCUAAGAAACGUAGUAUCGUACACUAGUUCUAGUUAGUCUCAACAGACGGCGAUUGGUGCAAAAAACAUGAUUGAGUUUUAAAACAAUACACGUAAAAACAAAAGUAGUACAUUGAUAAUGUUUAUCAUCGACUUCGUGUUGAAGCUAAUAAUAAACUCACUAAUCCGACCUUAGAAAAGAAUGGGCCAGCGCGAGCGGUCAGCUACGGCUACCACGAAGACUAAGACUUGUCCGACUACUUAGGAAUUCGGUAAAAAAACAUCACUGUUUAAGUAAAUAAAUAUCGUUAUUUAGUUAUUUAUUAACACACUUUGAUAUCAUAUUUGGGAAAUUAAAUAAGUAUAAAAACAAGAUCUUAUCCUCGAUGGUUCUUAGAUAUUACGAAAAUUAGCUUAACUGCUCUUCCUCUUCCACUUCUCGCGCCGACACACAUCUCUUCAUAUAACCAAGGCAGGCGUUGGUGCAGCAAUCCUUGUGAUUGAUACACUGCAAAAGCAAACACGUAGAUGAAAACCUAGAUUUGUUAUCAUUAUCAAGCAUAGAUCAAGGAAAGAACUUAAAAUUUGCAGUGCAGAUGCAGUUACCGGAUUGACUUAUUGAUUCACCUGUGAGGUUAUUGAUAGGUACAAUAUAUAUAAUAAGAGGAUAUUAUAAACAAACUGCAAAAUUCUUAUCCACUUACAAAAACAUAAGACUAUAUUUACCUACACAAAUAAGUACUAUUUAAUAUACCUAAUGUAAAUAUACCCACAUGUACACACAAUAUAGUACUAACAUACUACUUAGCUUUUUUUGUUGGCACCGAUGCUAUGCAAGGACAAUGCAAGCACUAUAAAGAUGCAAGUGUAUUGUUUGUGUUGUGUGUAUAAAUUAUUAAAAGCCGCAAAUUUUCAAGGUCUGUUUACCCAUCUUAAUUUUGUCCCGAUGAAGCAUUCAUACCGUCAUAGUUAAUAAAUUAUCAUGAUAAAGGCUAUUCAACAGUUUUUCCUUAUUCGCUUCUCUCAUUGUUGGCACAUCUCACUCACGAUACUCAACAUAAACAAAACAAAGAAAGUUAUUUUUAAAACUUACGAAUUCUCCAAUCUUAGCACAUCCAGCACUCUCAGUGACACUGUUUGGUUGUGGCACUUCAAUUGGCGUUGCUUCUGGUGCAUUGUUCUCUUCUAAUUCUGCAUCAGGGAGAGGAAUAUCCUUCGUGACUCGAUCAGUGAUCAAACUGCAGGUCACGUAAGUAGACACAGCGAGGAACAAAAGUAUGGGCGUGAGGCGACACAUUGUGCUUAGAUGCAGGACGAUACUAACGGAGCUGUGUGUUCGGGUGCUGAUAUAGGGUCACCUGACAUUCGCAUUAACGGCACCCGCAUGGAUUCCGAUAACGGACGUGUCGUAAACAUCGUUUACAGGACGUUGUUUUUGUGUAUGGCGUGUUUUAUCGCUUAUUUCAUUUUGAGUAUCCAUUUACCUACUUGUUAUUCUUUCUAAAUACAUAGUGUAGUUACUGGUAUAUGCAAAAACAAAAACAACUAGGUAUUCGACUUGUUUUUGUUUUGUUUUUUGUAAGUAAGUACCUAUCCAAACUGGGUGAAUGUUAAAAUAUUGAAUGGAAAGAAACCAGAUUAACGAACUCGAAAUGUAUCUUACUCGUUUGCGUACCUACCUAUUAAACUAUUUGUUGGUAGAUAUUGUUAUUCUGAUUAAUCCGUG